AUGCUGUCCGAAGGUUACAUAGUAGCGACUGCGCUAGUUAUUAUUCUAGCCCUUAGACAUGCUCUUGGACUAAAUCAGCUCAGACACAUUCCAACAUGUGGACCGAGUACGCCUCUCUUGUCCUACCUCGGCUCUCUGUGGUUUUUCUUUGAUGCUACCGGUGUUCUCCAAUAUGGCUACAAUAAAUUUUCAAACAGAGUAUUCAAAAUUGCACAUCUGAACCGCUGGAUGGUGGUAGUGGCAUCGCCUGAGCUCAUUGAAGACUUACGGAGAGCACCGGAAGACGUCUUGUCGUUCCAGGAAGGCGUGAGUGAAGUCCUCCAAAUCCCUUUCACUGUGGGUGAAGCUAUUUCCCGAAAUCCGUAUCAUACACCCAUCGUACGGAAUCACAUCACCAAGACCUUGGCGUCUAUGUUUCCAGAGAUUCAUGACGAAGUAGCAGCUGCUUGCAGUGACAUUUUUAAUUUUGAUUCCGGUGAAUGGGUCUCAUUUCCUGCUAUGGAAUCAGUCAUGCGGAUUGUAGCUCGAGUCAGUAAUCGCUUGUUCGUAGGGCUGCCUCUCUGCCGAAAUGAAGAGUUUUUGCACCUUAAUACCCAUUUCACUGUUGAUGUAGCCUGGGCGGCGACCGUGAUUGGACUAUGUCCUUCGUUGAUCAGACCAUACGUGGCACGAUUAUUUCCUAACAUCCAGAAAUCCUUGAAAAAGGCUGCACAACUUCUGGAGCCUGUAAUCACAGAGCGGAGAAGUGCUGUCGACAGUCUCGACUUCGGCAAUCCUCCUGACGUCCUGGGCUGGAUCCUCGAAGAAGCCCAAGGUGAUGAGCGUUCUUUACAAAACUUGGCCAGGCGAAUUCUCACCAUCAACUUUGCCGCAAUUCAUACUACCUCCCUUACCUUCGUCCAUGCCCUCUAUCAUUUAGCCGAGAAGCCGGCAUACCUCCAGCCACUCCGGGAAGAAAUUGAAUCCGUAGUGGCUGAGGAGGGAUGGACGUAUACCGCCAUGAAACGUAUGAAACGGCUUGACAGUUUUCUCAAGGAAUCUCAGAGACUCAACCCACUAGGGGGCUUAUUGAUGAUCCGAAAGGCCUUGAAACCGUUCUCUUUUUCGGACGGGACGACCAUUCCUGCGGGCACCUUCGUUUCCGUGGCCACUACACCAAUCCAUCACGACAACAAACGAUAUGAAAAUGCCUUAGGAUUUGAUGGGUUCCGUUUCUCAGACAAGACUAGUAACGGGACUUCAAUGGUCACGACCAGCCCGUGGUUCUUAUCCUUUGGACAUGGAAAGAACGCUUGCCCCGGACGAUAUUUCGCAGCUAGCGAGCUCAAAAUCAUGCUUGCUCACCUUGUACUUACCUAUGACAUCAAAUUGUCACAAGGAAAGGAACGGCCGCGUAAUACCUGGAUUGCGUCCACAUGCGUUCCGGAUCCUUAUGGACGUGUUUCUCUUAGAAAACGGCCCAACUUUUAG